CAUGGAGUAGUGUAGCUGUGACUUUAUAUAGGGGGACAUCAACGAUUAGAUCUUUUUGUGUUCAUGGGAAUGGUUGGUGCAGGCUGCGUCAAGAAUUGUGCGCUAUUGCCAAUCACCAGCUGUGGCCAAAGCUCUAGUGACUCCCAUUGAAUUCUAUCCUCCAUAAAUGGAUUCCAUGCCCUACUUGACAGCCUGCAGUUUGCCACUUUGUGAAAGUAGUGAUGGAAGAGUUGGCAUGGCUCACUUUCAUCUUCAGCUACUUGCUUUGGCAGAACCUUUUUGAGUUCAUAUUGAUAGCUGAAACUUCCAUGACUGGCAGUUAAUGCUGUUAGUUAGUUCUCAGGGCUGGACCACUGAAUCUUCAUCCAUACUCUCACUUGUAGAAGCUCAGACAACACAACCAACACAAGCUUUUUUCCUUUCUUGUUCUUUAUGCUCGAGAACAAUUUAGGAGUUGAGCAGUUCGAUAUCUUAGAAACAGAUUGUUCAUUAUGUGUUUCGGGCUACAAAGAGGGAUCCAAAUAUAGUCGAUAUAUGUUAGAUUUGAAUGAUCUAAGAACAAUUAGUUUCCAUCUAUCAUGAUAGGAAAGGUCUACUUCUUACUUCAGAAACAAAACCAUAAGGAGUGCAAUAACCAUACACUCAAUCACCAUCUCCUCAUAAAAAUCCAAUUGGAGAUGCAUAUGCACUACUGAAAACAUGGACAGUUUAUCUUGAGACUACCUUUAACUCGUGUUUAGGCAAAUAUGAAGCAUGCCAUGUCAUAAGACCUCCCCUUUGCCAUGUAACUGAUGUGGCAUAGAGGAAAUGAAAAUGGGGAAAGUCAGCAGCCACCUUCAUGCUUCUCCUUGUUUGUUGUCCUUGGUAGAAGGUGAACAGGUUUCAUCGAAUGGCUUCCAGUAAGAGUUCCAUGCAAGACAGUGGACAUUCUCUAUCAGAUACAUCCAUUAUUCAACCUCUGCCAUUCACUCAUGUGUAAAGCCUUACAGCAUUCCGGGCACAAAAAGAUCUCAUCCAUAGUGGAAUACGACAAGGCCUAAAGCCCCUAUUCGAAUGGAGAUCAUUCUCCUACCUUUCUGCUUGAUUCAUGCUUCACCCACCCCAUAAUGCACAAAACUAAGAUAAAGCCCAUACCCCCCACAUUUUAGCAGUAGCUGUAUAUAAUAUUUUCUUGAUGAUUGUUACUCCUUUGAUAUUGUUUGUGAAUACUAUGAUGAAUCAAGACAGAUGAAUAUAUGAUCCUGGCUGGAUGAUUUCAUACCCCAAGGCUUUCUACUGAAUAUUCUUAUCUAAUGCUAUCUAAAUUAUACUAUUCUAUUAGUAUAUAAUUGAUAUUGUUAAGUUAUUUCUAGUGAUAUGUUAAAUAAUCCAUUUUUCAGAAAUAGAUUUACCUAAUUUGAGAAUAAGUUUGCUUCUUUAACAUAGAUUUCUUAUAAUAAAUUUAGUAAUUAAUUUUUAAUAUACCUUAAAAGAAAAAUACAAAAUGAUUUCAUAAUCAAAAUUUGAUAAGGAAUGAAAUUGUAGAAAGGUCUUUGUUACAAUUUUGGAAUUUGAAGUUUUCUAAAAAUGGAAUAUUUCCAAAUUGGUAAUUCUAAAAUCUUCAAAUUAUGAAAUUUAAAAUAUGAAAUUAAUUAAAUAACCAAUUUUGUAUAGAAAAAUUCAACCAAAAAAUGCAUCUUGGAUUUUAGUUUUUUUUUAUGAUUUCUAAACGGAAGUUACUUUGGUAAAAUUUUGAUUAUUACCAAAUACUAUACAAAUAAAUUUUUAGGGUUUCUUUUAUCGGCAGGAGUUCAAUGGAAAUAAUAUUUUUAUCAGUAGUAAUAAUUUUUAUUUUCAGGAAAAAUGCACAAAAUAUUAUGUUAGUGUGGUGUGCAAACAUCAUAGCAAAUUAGAAAAGAUUAACCAUUAGCAAUGGAUUAGCAUCAAAAAUUAUAAAAUGAUGCACGAACUCAUCAUAAGCUAUAUAUAUAUAUAUAUAUAUAUAUAUAUAUAUAUAUAUAUAUAGAGAGAGAGAGAGAGAGAGAGAGAGAGAGAGAGAGAGAGCCAUCUUGAUUUUUAAGGGUGUAGAUCUUUGUUCAGCAAACAUAUGUGCAACUAUUACCUCAAACAGAUAUUUCGAUCAAGUAGAGAUCAUGCUGGCCCAGCUUAAUUUUAGUUAGUAUCACUUCAGAGAGAUGCCAAGAAAAGAAAAGCAUGAAAUGAGCAGGUUUAACUUUCUUCCCUGUCUUCUCAUUGGUUUGACUGUUGAGAUGUUCAUUGUUGAGCUGCAAUGCACACAAGAAGAUACGAAUCAUCAUUGAUGCCAUGAUCGAACGAGGUGAAAAGCUAAACAAAGAGAAACACUGAACAAGCGCAACACUGCAACACUCUCUGUGCCCUUUGACUCUCGUUUAAAUGUACAUAUCUCAUGAGCAGACUUUUCUUUGUUCACCUUCUCUGUUUGGUUUGACAUUUGAGAUUCUCAUUGCAAAUUGCAAUGAUUACUCUACGUCUCAAGUCUCGACCAUCUUUGAUACCCUGAACAGCAAAGUGAAGAAGUGCAACGCAAAUCUUUUGAUACUCAUCUUCUGCUGACAAAAGUAAACUCGGCAUACUUUUGUUGCCAUUCUAGUCCAGUUUUAAGUCUACUGUCUUCCUUUUCUUUCCAUGGUUUGGCUAUAAAGAUACUCACUGCAAAUUGAAAAGCACAUUAUUCUAUCUGAAUCACCAUUGAUGCCAUGAGUGACAAAGUGAAAAAUUAAGGAAGAAGAAACUCAGUAAAAGCACAGCACUGCAAUAUUUUAUAGCCAUCUGCUGCCAAAAGGAGAUAUUUUAUGCGCAUACUUUAAUAGGUCACUCAGCUCUUGGUUUAGUGUGAAGGUUUCUUCCACUGCUUUUGGCUUCUUCUGGAGCCUUCAAGCUUACUAGGUCCUCCAACUCUGCUGCUUGGGUCAUUGUAACAGGAGAACCAUCACCUGAACUCAAGAGUCCCAGGUAUUCAUCUUCCGACACUCUUUUUAUUUUUGUCUCUACUGCAUGGUAAUCGAUCGGGAGAUGGGAGUGAAAAUGGAUUAAUGAUACUUCAAGAUUCCAAAGAGCUUUAAUUAAGGAAAAAAUAUGUUCGGAUUCCAUUGUAGUUAUUACAGUUUUUAGAUUUCAACUCUGUGAAGCAGGAAAUUUAUGGUAAAGCCAAAUUUUGUGCCUUCUCUGGUCCUUUUUUACAUUUGAGUUUCUUAAAACAACUCAAAUCAUUCUUACAUAUAAGAAAACAAUCUUAUGUUGCUGUGGCUACAUGAUCUGGAAUUGAUGCAUGGACAAAGGCAGACAGUAGAAGUUGUUGGGUGAUUCUUGGUGUUUGUGAGAUGAAAGCAUCAGCUAAUGUUCGGUUGACAAGAGGAAAAAAAGAUCAGGAGCAAAUCGAAUGAAAAAAAAUGUUUGUCAUAAUAUUCCCAAAGAUCUUACUUCGUAUUGAGAUGUAGUUCCUCCUCAAGAUGAUCAAUUCUGCCAAACACCAUGAGGCAUGGCUUACUAAUCAUGAUCAGCUCUUCUGAUCAUUAUAAUGAGCUUUACAAGCACUAGGAAGAAAACUAUUUCAUUAUUAAUAGGUAACUGAUAACAACUGUUAUGACAUCAAGGCAUUCUAUAAAUUAUUGACCAAUUUACAAGGCUUCUUUUAUCACAAGAACACUUCCAAAAUGCUUUUCUGCCAUAUCAGUCAAGCUUUAGAAUCCCUCCAAUGUGCAGAUCUUCUCUCAUCUGAUGGUCCCCUCAAUCUUAUCUCAAGUUUCAAACGUUGACAGGACCCAUCUAUGAUGUGAGAGAUGUGAGAGACGAUUAGAUGGUUAAGAAUGUCUAACAUACACUAAUAUGAAGAUUCAUGGAUAAGGCUGACAAUAUCAGACAUGAGAAGGGAGAUGUGAUUUAGAUCCAACUGAUGGAAACAGGCACUCAGACUCACCUUUUUGCUUUUCCCUUGGCAAACUAAUUUUGAGCAUGUCCAAUCAUGUGAACUCAUUAUCUGCCUUACAUGUGUUUCUUUCAUAAUUUAUGUAGAAGAAAAAAAAUAGAAGAUCAAGAGGAAAGUAAAGAUGAACUGAAACUGAAGAGGCAAUGCCACCCUGUACGACUCCAAACACUACUGAACUUGUGAUGAUCAUGGAUGUGGAGAGUAUUCUUCACAUGAAGGAAGGGCUGGGUGAGACAAGCUAUUCCCAAAAUUCUUCCCUUCAGAAGAAGAGUAUGGAGGCCAUGAAGCAUUUCAUAAUAGACUCAGCAUUAGCUGCCUAUGCCUUUAAGACACCAGAAAUCUUCACAAUUGCUGAUCUUGGUUGCUCCUCAGGGAUAAAUUCUCUAUAUCUAGCUGAAGAAAUUAUCAAGGCCAUUCAUGAGAGAUCUCGGCAGUUAGCGAGGCUGGCACCAGAGUUUCUGGUGUUCCUUAAUGACCUUCCAACCAAUGACUUCAAUGCCAUGUUUCUGAGCUUUCCAGAGUUCAAUAUGAAGUUCAAAGCAGGCAUUGAGUUGCAAGGGGGCAGUGCUCCAUCUGUAUAUUUAGCUGGAAUUCCUGGGUCUUUCUAUAGCAGGCUUUUUCCGGGCAAUAGUCUUGAUUUCAUCUACUCUUGCUAUAGCUUGCACUGGCUUUCCCAGGUUCCUUUGGGGCUUCUUGACAGUGAUUGCAAGCCAAUUAAUAAGGGGAACAUGUACAUAUCUAACACAAGCCCCCCUGCUGUUUCUUUAGCAUACUUCAAGCAGUUCCAGAAAGAUUUCAGCCUCUUUCUUAAGUCAAGAUCUGUAGAGCUACAUUACGAGGGACGAAUCGUCAUUUUGAUGUUGGGAAGAAGAACUGAAGAUCACAGUGAUAAGAGCACAACAGUUUUAUGGGAACUUUUAGACCAGUCACUGGCAAUUAUGGUCUCACAAGAGAUAAUUGAUGAAGAGAAGGUUGACGCAUACAAUGUUCCAUUUUAUGCUCCAUCAGCGAAGGAGAUCGAGGACGAAGUACACAGAGAAGGAUCAUUUGUGAUCGACUGUAUACAAGCUUAUGAGCUGAGCACAAGAACAGGAGAUCCUAAGGAGGAUGCGAGAAUCAUAUCGAUGGCCAUUAGAGCCAUACAAGAAUCAAUGAUCAGCCACCACUUUGGAGAGGCAAUUAUAGACACUUUGUUCCAAAUUUACAAUGGACUGCUCAGUGAAUUCAUGGUUAAAGAAGAAAUAAAAAGUUCUCACCUACUGGUAAUUCUAAGAAAGUCAUGCUAAAUUAAGCAUAUGUCAAAGACCAGAGCUGCAAUUUUAGAGAUCACAUGCUAGAUUGAGCAUGCAAGCAAAAGAAAUUAUCUUUUACUACUGUCUAUGAGCUGCAAAUUGUGUUAGGUGGCAUAUGGAGUUUUCAAUAUUGCGCUAUGCAGAAAGAACAUGGAAAGGGAGGACCAUACUAAAAAUUAUGAGGAGAAAGAAGCCGAAAGAGAACCAAAACAAGGUUGGAGGAGCUAUCUUAGCUCUUCCUUUAUUCUGAGAAAAGGUGAUCCUUGAUUAUGUACUAAAGGCUUCCUUUCUUUUUCUUGCACAAUUAGGCUGCCUCGCUUAAUUUUUUCUGAUGGGCCAGCAGGAAUGAAACUCCUCAGGAAUUAGAGAAGUUUCUUGCAACUCAAAGUGUAAGCAUGUAGAAGUGGAAAUGAGGGAAGGAGUACGAGUUUAAUUGUGAUCCUUGUAGUAAGCUCAGCUGAAAAUGUAUUAGAUUGUCAAUCGUGACUACAACAUGGAAUUGAACAUGGCUAACGGUCUCAAAUGGAAGACAUUUAUACAUACAACAUGUAUACACCUUAACAAAAAUAAUCUUCAUCAAAAGUGGAUAAGACUAAGAUUGACUUAUAAGAGUUUGAUGGAUAUACUAUUAUCAACUUUAGUUUAAGCAUUUUGGUUAGUGGUUUGAACUCAAUAAAUUUAACAGGUUAGUUAAUCCAUCGGGCUUAGAUCGUGAAAAAUAAUAUCAGAGUUGACUUCUCAUUUAUCUCUUAGAGAUAGGAUGUGAAUGAAUAAAUUUUUGUAUCAUCCUUAUUAAUUUUUUUGACAUAAUUCUGUAUUGGUUCUGAAUUUUUCCUUCAACAAGAGCAUGUUUUUGAGACCAUUCUAACAGGAAACACAGUAUGAUUGCUUCUUUUCUUUGGCAGUCUUUCAGUUACCAACUUAUGUUAAUUGCUAGCCAUAGCCUUGCACUUGCAGUACCAUGACAUGUUCCUUAGUUAUGUAAACCCUUUAUGAACAUUUAUCAAGUAGCUUUUGUCAUUGUAUUUCCCAUGAGGAAGAAGAGAAGUUGCUUCAUGGAAUCUAAAUGCUGAAACAGAAGCUGCCAUAUUCAUUUCCAUGCACAAUCUGUGAGGAAGAUGAGAGGAUCUUAACUGUUCUCAAAAGCCUGGCCAUGUGAGCUUGUGCACGAGGAACACACGUGUAAUUGCCUAAAUCUUGGCUUCUUCCACUGCGUGGCACAUACUGAGGCCGACUCUGUCUUGCAGACCACAGACGAAACAAGACUAAAGCUGAAAGAUAUAAAGGCAAGAAGUCGCAGUCUUUUUUUGCAGGAGAUGACUGUUGCCAGUGACAUAUCAAGGAAGGACAAGAGAUAAUAUUAAGUCUUUUCAUGUGUCUCAUUACUCCUUUCAUGUCAGAGAAGGCAAACUGCUAUUAAUUGUCACACAGAUGCGACAGUAAAACGAAAGGUGGAGGAAAAAAGAUCUUUACCACUGAGCAAGAGAAGAAUCAGAGUUGCCAAGUUCACCAUCACCAUGAAUUGAGUUCUUGAAGGUUUCAGUUUGGACUAGUUAAGACUUGGACUUUCCAAAAUUUGACAUUUAGAACACAAGUAUAGAAUGAAGAUAUUUGGUAGAUUAUAAAGUUAGGUCUGUACUGCAGAGAGCAAAAUGGUUGGCAGCAGCCAGUAAAUCUUCUUCAUUACUUCUAAAGUGUAUUUUUCUGCAUAGAUAGGAGAAAAGAUAUCUUAGCAAACAAGUGCAAUA